ACGAACCUCAAAGAAAAAAGUCGUUUGGGAUUUCGCAGGCUUGCCAGCAAAAAUUUCCUGAAUGAGGACGAUCUACGUCAUUAUGAGCAAUUAGUUAUCAUGAAAAAGUAUCCCUUCUUGGAUAUCAAAGAAUUGGAAAUGAAAUUAAGUCCAUCAAAUAAAGACAGGAGAGACAAUGAAAAUUUCCAUUCUAGAAUGAAUAUGGUACCUGAACCGAGCAUUUGCGAACCUGGUGAGGAUUUAAUCAACGUCGAAAUUUCUAAUAGAGGUCUGUCCGGGUUCGCGAUACCGACUCAACUUGUCAAGCAUAUAAGCACGACGGAGAAAAACUUACUCUCAACACCAGAAACGCCUAGAUUGAAAUCUGAAAAUACACACAAAUUUUCAAAAAAAUCUACAGAGAAAAAUAUUUUAAAAAAGCUAAAAGAUGAUGUUAAUCAGUUUUUAGAUAAAAAGAAGAAGAAUUAAAUUAUUUUUUAUUUAUUCAUUAAAGUUAGUUCGUAAUUACAGAUCUCAAAAUUACAGACUUCCGCAGGCUAUAAUUCUAUAACAAAGUGCCAUUAAAAAUGCCUAAUGAUUUUUGGAUUUACUUGUCAUUUUGGUA